AUGGCUGUCUUCUCUCUUUUCAAGAAAUCCAGGCAACAAGCCAAGGACUUCAAGCAAAAGCAGGCAGAGAAGGCCGCGGAAGCUCCGAAAGAGCCUUACCGACACAUCCCUACUCAUGCCGCCGUCGACGCGCUUUCCGGAGCACCAUCAGCCUUCAAACACGAGGACCGGCCCAGGAUCAUGGAGCAAAACCGGCGGCGAAGUGCAAUGGCCGCCAGCGGCUUGAGCAAAAUGCCCGGGCCAAGCCUGCCUCGCGUAUCAAGCAGUCUUUCACACGUCACUUAUCCUUCCGCUCACGCAACUCCAAUGGGUAACUUGCCCAGAGCAUACAGCUACAGCGGCGGUGCACCACCAAUGCCUUACUGGCAGGAGCGCAACAAGGAGUCCAUUUAUGGAGUCCCCGAUAGCAGCCGCAUCUCACUCAAAGGCUCACUCAAGGGGAAGGAGGUGGACAGGUCAUAUGCCUCGGGACGUAACAGCCCAUCGUCCGCCAAAGCCGAAUCUCCAACGGGUAGCUCAAGUCACUCAACCAGCUCCCAGGAGGACUUGGAGAUGAAGCCCGCUCGUCAUCAGCCCAUGCCACCUGCUGCCUCGGAAGGGCACCGAAACCCAGUUGCUGCCGUCCACACCCACCGGCUUCACCCAAGUUCUCGUCGGGCAUCAGACGCAUCGGAGCGCGCUGAGGGCUCACCCAAAGCUGAGCACUCUUCGCCUACCACCGACCGAAUCAAGCCGCCGCCACCGAUGCGCGGUUUCAAUGCAAUCCCAGCAAUGACAUCUCUUCCGCCCAUGCAGUUUGGCAACUCCCCACCCACCCAACAAAACUUGGUUGCCUCAUCAGCCGCCUCGACUGUCAGCGUCCGCUCUUCGUCAGGAUUUUCUUCAUUUAAUUUCAACAUCAACACUGGCGCGCCCUUCUCGGCCCCCAUGUCCGGAAGAUCGUCAGCUGCCACUACACCAGCAGCUUGCGUAACCCCCGAACCAGUCUACGAGUCUGUCGAAGAAGAGGAAGAGGGUUCUUACACAUACGCCCCGCAACCCGCUGCGGCCGCGCCCUCUGCCAUGAAGCAGAAGGAUCGUCGCAGCAACUCAAAGUCCAAGGUCACUCGUUUCUCUGAACUGGAGAGGAUCGACUCCCACACUGAAAAGGCAGCCAGCGUUAUCAGCAUCCCGUACGAAAACACCCGUCGCGAUACCACGCCGCCGCAGGUCAUUAACAACGCAGUCGCCGUGGAGAUGAUCAGCGCCGCACCUUCCGAAGUCGCUUCUAACGAUAAGCCCGGGAAGCGCCUUUCAAAGCAGGCUGGUUCUAAGUUGGCUAAGAAGAGCCGCUGGUCAACAAAGAACUCUUCUGCCGUUGCUGUUUAA